GUCUUUAAGCAUAGAGAGUAGUUCAUCUUCCGAUUCUUCCACUUUGUCUUCCCCUGAUUACUCUCUAAAUCCGUUACCGCUUGCUCAUCUCUUCUUUAUUUGUUCUACCUCCCUCUCUUUCUCCUUAUAUAUAAGUUGAUACCAUAUCUUUGUCGUGAAUUACUUCAAAGCAACACCCGACUCUUCCACUUCUUCUUCACCGUCUUGGUUGCUCUGUAAUCUUCGUCUUCACCUGAGUACUUUGAAAUCUCUUUCAUGGAGCUGAUGGUAUCGUAUCAUUAUUUGGAGAUUCGAGAUCUGAUUCUACUCACGUCUCUCACACUCUCAUCGCGCUUCUUCUCUGUUGCAGCCGCAACCUUCCAGGACGUAUGGCGGCCAAGAAGCUCGAAAACUUGUGAUGGACGUUGUUUAGCUCAUCUGGUAUUGGCCAAGUUGGGUGUAAACGCUAGCAACAUUCGGACCACCGAGGUUAUACGCAUGGUUGGGGAAAACAACAAUGAGACAAUAGUUGAGAUGAAGAGUUAUCAACUAAUUGUUGAUAAGGUUGAUGAGGAACUAAGAGAGAUUGAAAAGAAACUCAGCCAGGUGGAAGAAGAGAUGAUCAAAGCUUUAGAUUAUGAAGAUUUAGAAAAGGUUUGGUUUGCUCCUCAUAACCCACUCGCGAAGUUCCUUUGUGCAUCAAAGGGAUUGUCUUCUUUUGCUUUUGGCAGGGAAUAGCACUAGACAUACUGGUGGCGAUGGGAGUGAUCAAAUCACUCCAUUUCUGGUUGGAGGUGGAACAAAUCCAGGAAGCUAUUCAGAAAGUGUUGGUGUGUGUGGAGAUGGUUAUCUUUGCUUCUGAACCUUUGCUGCUGUUCAGAAGCAUGCUUACCAUGUUGGUCCUUACAGCGGGGAGACCAAGAAGAAGCUCGAUAAAAAGACCGAAUGAUCUUGGUCCGGUUUAGAGUGCAAAUCGACUUGAGUCCAUUUUGUAGUAAAUCCUCUGUGUGUUUUGUAAUGCUAUGUUAUUCUUCUUCAGCAUAUAGUGUUUGGGAGACUUGAAACUUUUGAUAUGGGGAAAGGAUACAAUAAUGUUGAGAUAUUCAGAUGAUAUGGUCAAUAAUGCUAAACCACAUGUACUAUACAAUUUGAGUCAAUAUGAUGUCAUUUCACUGCCUACAAUUGAAU